GUCCUUGCCCUGUGUCUCGCGAUCUGGAUUUGCUGUGAAGCACUUCCGUGAACUGCGAAGACACUCAGCGGGAGGAAUUAUCGGGGACUGUUUCACGGUGUUAUGCAAAACUCACAUGGUUACUUUGCAAGGCUUCUCUUGCUUUCAACUCAUUUUAUUCUCUCCGACUGUCGCAGCGGACGCAUUCUCCCUGGACACUCAAAUUUACAUCGGUUUCUCUCAAAUCUUCGACAUAAUGCAGCUAUCUGUGCUGGGACCACGCCUCAUCCUUAGCGUUCGAGAAUAUCAUGCGAAACUCGUGGCGGACUCCGAUACAGCAACUGCUAUGAGUUCAAUGGCUUUCCAAGAACACGUUCAUAUGGAAAACUAG